AUGUCCAACCCGCUAGAUCGUUUUCUCAAUCCUAACCAGAACGAGUUUGGCACUGGCGGAUGGUGGAACUAUGGCGAUGCUUCCAUUGUCGAUCAGUACGAUGCUUUCAUUCUCGAUCAGUCUUCUCUGUUACCACAGCCAGGAGUGUACUCUAGUUCGGUCUCGAUGAACUCGUUAAGUUAUGGGGUUUACGGCCAAGCGUAUGAGGCAUGCGAUUUCAUCGGGCCUGAACAGCUCGCCAACAUGCCCCUGCAAACGCCGAAUUUCGUGCAUGAUAUGUCCCAAGAAAUGGCCGGUCCUGCAUAUGACAGCCAAACUCCGGGCUGGGAGAGGGAUAUGGAAGUUGAGCCCAGGGGUCUGGACGCGGACUUCGCCCAACAGAGCUUGUAUCUGUCACCACCGACCGUUGCUUCUUCACAAAACAGUUCUCAGCCGCAAUCCGUUUCGCCUGAGGCAAGUCCAUCUGAGUCUAGCCGUGAAAAUAUUGACGAGGAGGUGAUAUGCUACGGAAUGCUAUACAAUAUUGACGUCAAGCUCGUAGGCAACAUGGGGGAGAUCAAAAGUAAAGUCCGCAGGGGUGAGCUCACAUAUCAAAAUUUCAAGCUGAAAGAGGAGGGAAUCGACCAUAUAAUCCUGUGUUUCCGCGAAGACGGCGGACAGUUCGGCAUCCUGCGCAGCGACGUAGUCAAGACGCUUGAGCCUUUGAUAAAGUCUCUAGGCAGUGGCAUCGACUUCAUUGUGUCCACCGCCAGCCUAUCCGGGAGCUUUGAACAUGCCAACAGAUCUGUCGAUGUCAUAGUCAAGGGCGACAUAUACUUAUACGGACAGCGACAGAAAGCACUUGAAAUUGGAGAUAUGCUCUCGAAAAGAAAGAAAUGGCUACAGAAACCUGGUAGAGCGAUGCGCAAUGUUGAAUACGAGAAUCCGCAGUUCCUCGAGAUUAAGCUUACUGAAAUCAAAACGCAGUACGUUCAACCAGUGAACUCGGGCCAGCCAGCCAGCAACAAAUCACUAAGCAAGAGUGAUCGAGAAGAGGUGCUGCAGAGAAUGUUGAACGAGGUGUACAAGACGCUGGACAGCACACAGCAGCUCGAAAUGGUAGAGGGUGGAGUCGGAGUCGGACAAGACCUGCUCAUGCAUCAAAAGAAAGCGCUAUAUUUCAUGCUGAAGAGGGAGGCCGGCCAAAUCGAGGGAGAGCACAGCCUUUGGGAGGCUAUUGGAAAGGAAGAAGGGUUUGAAAUAUAUCGCCACAAAAUCACCAAUGCCAAGGCGAGAGAUGGAUUCCGGCCAUUCGAGAGUCGAGGUGGCAUUUUGGCCGACGAAAUGGGCCUGGGAAAAUCCCUGUCGAUCCUUGCUCUUGUCGUAAAGACGCUCGAAGACGGGAAGCAGUGGGCCAGCCAGCAGAAUGCCAGCUUUGAAAACAAUGAUGUUCCCAAGCACUCGGGCGCUACGCUCGUUGUGGUUCCGUCAACUCUUCUGAUUGAUAACUGGGAGGAAGAGAUCGAAAAGGACGUGAAAGUGGACCAUACGGUGCUCAAGUACCAUGGUCCCGGCCGGCCGACGAAUGUUGACGCGAUCGUGAAACACGACAUUGUCAUCACCACUUACAGCACCCUCACCGCCGAAUUUCAGCAAAAGAAAGGCCCAUCCCUUCUUCACCAAAUUAAGUGGUGGUUCGAGACUCCGUUCGAACAGGGCGAGAUGAAAACGGUUCGAGACCGUCUGGUCGUUCUCUUGGGGGCGCUCUGCUUGCGCCGCACGAGAGAGAUUGUCCAAUUGCCAGAGCCGCAGCAGAUAACACGCAGCCUCAAGUUUACUACUGAAGAGCGGAAGCGGUAUGAUGAAACGAAAGGAAUUCUGCUGCGUAGGUUGAAAUACAGUGUCGGUAGUCCCGACGAAGAGCUCUCGAAGUUUGGCCUUUUCCAGGUGAACCUACAGAUGCGUCUUUUGUGCAACCACGGCACAUUCCAGCAGCAAUUCUCGUGGCGCCGAAAUUUCCGCGACGAACAAGACGUCGGAAUAUCCAAGCUUGACCAAAAUGGCCACGUCCCUUACGGAAAAGUCAUCGAGGACGACGAGGCCACGUAUUUCAACGACGAAGGCUAUUCAACCAAGAUACAGGCGGUUAUCGAGGACGUCCGAAGAGACUUAGCGACGACGAAGAGAACGUUGGAUCUGCUCGCUUCGCACCUGAAAGAUGCCGGGAUUCGCUACCUCCGAGUUGACGGCAGUUUGACAAAUCGAGUGCGGCAAGAUAGCCUUCGGGAAUUUGCGCAAGACGCCGAUGUACGGGUACUCAUCAUGACAACGGGUACUGGUGGGAUCGGGUUAAAUUUGACAUGCGCCAAUCGCAUAUUCCUGGUUGAGCCGCAGUGGAAUCCCGGCGUGGAGAGCCAGGCUAUCGCUCGCGCCAUCCGUCUUGGACAGGAGAGCGAGGUACUAGUGACACGUUAUCUGGUCGAGGACACUGAAGAAGAAGCAAUUCUGGCUCAGCAGAUUGGGAAGAAACGGCUGGCAGCUAUGGGAUUUCGAAGGAAGGAAGGCGCCAACGCCUCCUAA